AAAUUGAAUUGGAUCAUUCACAUAAAUCAGUAUAAAGUAAGGAGAGAUUGAAGAUUUAAGUUUGGGAAUUGGGAUCUUCCUCUCUUUUGUAUUUCUUUCCAUUUCGGAGCUCCGGCGAGAAUUUUCAGAGUUUUAUACCAAUGUCUACCGCUGAAUUCGCCGUCACUUUCAAGGAAGCCGGUCGAUCCGUCAUCGCAACUCGCCGUCCAUGGCGGGAAUUCCUAGACCCAUCAGCUCUCAGCCUCCCUUCUUCCCUCUCCGACGCUACGACUCGGAUUUCUCAUAACUUGACCCGUUUCCUUUCCAAUUACUGUCUUGUCGUCUUGCUUCUCAUUUUUCUUGGCCUCAUUUACCAUCCAUUUUCCAUGAUUGUCUUCUUACUCGUCUUUGUUGCCUGGUUCUUCCUUUACUUUUCUCGCGAUGACCCAAUUAGGGUUUUUGGUUUUGAGUUGGAUGAUUUGGUUUUGAUUAUCAUUCUUGGAUUGUCUACUGGUUUGGCGCUGGCUUUGACUGGGGUUUUUGUGAAUGUGCUGAUUUCACUUGCAAUUGGGGCUGUGGUGGUUUGCUUGCAUGCGGCUUUGAGGAGUACUGAGGAUCUUGUUGGGGAUAUGCAAGACCCUUUUGGGGAUGCCCUUUUGGAGAGUCCAAGAGGUGAUUACAGCGGUAUCUGAUUGAAUGUGGGGUGAUAACACUUCCGACCAUAAGAUAGAACCAUCACGAAAUCCUUGGCUGAGCUGCCCACAGAUAUUUGUAUUAGUUCUACUGUUGUGGUUGUAUGUCGCCACAGUUCCACAAUGUCAUGUAGAUGCAAUGUGGAGCUCACUGGUUGGCCCUUGAAUGAGAUUUCCACCUGUAAAUAUUGAGGAAAUGUUAUUACUUUAUAGCUGUAUAAACUGACUCUGCUUCUUGAA